AUUACGCUACGAUUUUUUGUACUCUAUCAAAACGUGUAAUGAAAUAGUGGAAACUGGCAGUGGCAUCCAUCUACUUAAUAACAGCUUUCUCGUCUGUUCAGUAUUUUAUCAUUAUAACUGUAAUUAGUCGAUACUUCUAUUCGGUGAAUAAUUACACCUUAGAUAAGUUAUAAUGUAUACGAUGUGUUUGGCUGUGAUUUGAAGUAUGUGUUUGCAUUAUCAAAAUUCAAAAACACAAAUGCCUAUCAGUGAUCUUCGCGAUUUUCAAGAUUCCAAAAAAUCCUCCGGAGUGAACGAAGAUGGAAUUUUCUGAAAUGCUAUACAGAUAAUUACUGAAUGGAAUCUUCUGCGAAGCACGAUCAUUCCAAAAUGAAGACCCAUCAAAGCCUGCAAUCUAAUUUGAAGGAUAGCAAGAAACACCGCAACCGUUCAAAAAAUCACUGCCAUCCUGCACCCGAAUCAUUGCUUGAGACCAAGAGGAAUUCCCCAGAACCCUCUAGCCCUGAAACUGGAGAAAUAUGUUCGGAAAGUAACAAUGAUUUGGAGUCUAUUUCUGACGAUAAAAGUGACAUUGAUAAAACCUAUGAUGAUAACGAUACAUCGUGUACGUUUUCAAAGAUGUCCGAAGUUUCUCAUAAUGAAAGAAAUUGCGUGGAAAGUGAUCAGGGCCUAAUAUCACCACCAAACGAACGAAGUAAAUACUCAAAACGAAAACAUAAAAAAAAGCAUAGUUCUGUUAAGAAACGAAAAUUGAAGAAAAAAGAAAAACGACGACACGGAAGUGAUGAUUCAAUAUCUGAGAAGUCUCCUAAAGCCUACGAAAGUUGUAGUUCUUUGGAUUCGUGGGAUGCUGAAAAAAUGUCCUCUCAUCAUAAAACUAAAAGCAAAAAAUCCGAACGAAAGAAAAGGAAAAAGAAAAAUAAAGAUAAAAUUCUACCCCGGAUUCAUUACGAUAGCAUUUCCGACGAAUACCUCAAUGAAGAAAGGAAUACGAAUGAAAUUCGUAAUCACUAUGCGCGGUAUGAACGAAUGAAGAGUAGAAGCAAUAGUAUUGAAAGUUACGCCAAGUAUACGUCGUAUAAACGUGAAAAAUACAAUAGCCCCGGCAGUCGUAGUCCCAGUAGAAGUUUCAGUGUGCAUAAAAUUUACAGUUUUAAACGUUACGCUCCUUAUGAUGGUAGCAGUCCAUUGCCUACUACGUACUUGAAGAGCCGAAGUAGGAGUCCAAGUUGCAGCAGUUAUAAAAAAGAAUAUUAUAAACGUAAUUCUAGCGUCUCGUCGAGCGAUAUGUCUUAUAAAAGGAAAUUUCAUACGCGUAAUAAAAGUCCUAGGCCUUCUAAACAUUAUCGUUCGCGAUACAGCCGAUCUUCCUCUAGAUCUUCGGUAUCAAAAUCGUCUGUGAAACGACAUCGUCAUCUUGCUUCGCCUAAUUUAUCCCCAGUCUCACGUUACUCGAGGAACUCUCGUUAUAGUAUCGAUAGAUAUUCUUAUCAUUAUAGAUCUCAUUCUUCCUCGUAUAGUUCAUCUUACGAGAGAGGAUACGAUAAAAAAACAAGAAAACGGAAACGACGAGCUGACAGUUCGAAAUCGCCAUCGGUCGUUGUAGUUUCGUCUUCACCGUCUCCUUCGUACUCCUCUCGUAGACGACGAGAAGAAGAAGCGAAAGCCGAAUCCAUGAAGCUUCUUCGCGAAAUAAAGCCUGAUUUCAAAGUUAGCGAGACCAGUUUGUUUGCCGAACUUGUGAAAGAUAAAGAUAAACGAGAAUUAGUAUUGAAAAAUUUAGCCGUAAUGGAAAAGAAAAAAAGCGAACAGAAUGGCAAUGAAGCUUUCAAUACAAGUGAUGAUUUUAAUACUGUUGCACCCUCUAGUGUCGUCUGCGUUAAUGAUAUUAUCAAAGAAAUACCUCUUCCUCCUCAAAUUCCUAGUUCCUUCUCUAGUUUCUUAAGUUCAACUCCUAUAACAAAAUCAUCGUCAAAAGGUGUCUUCGCGGCGAAAGAUACCGUAAUUGAUCUCACCGAAGCAGAUGCUAAAAGUCACGCUUCGUUCGCUAUUCAAGAUAUUCCCGUUCCUUCUGGAUCGGCUCCGGUUGCUCGCAAUCCUCCGAAAUCAGAAUCCAUACCAAAUGGCCAACUUCGUAAUGGCAUGAAUAAGAGACAAUCGACUCAUCAUGAUAAAAAUGAAGAUGGUUCGAGAACUCCUCCAUUGACCGUCGAACAAAUGAAGAAAUUCGGUAUCCAGAAACCUAUUCAAAUUCCUACUCCCAAUGCGGAUAACAAACUCUCCAAACAUGCAUCCAAAAAUAACGCGAAAAAUUCAAGCAUCGAAAACAAAGAUCAUAAAAUUGAUUACACUUCUAAAAAUAUCGAAAGUUGUUCGAAACCAUCUGAAACUAGAACGAUUCGCGAUAAAAAUCACAGCAUGAAAAUCGCCGAUCAAAAUUUAAUGCUUGCGCGACCGAGAGUUAUUCGAAGAAAAUCGUUUAACGAAGAAAACCAGUAUAAGAAUUGGUGCGAACGUACUUUGGACGUUUUUGAAAUUAUUGCUAAAAUAGGCGAGGGUUCGUACGGUCAAGUAUACAAAGCCAAAGAUUGUCAUACAGGUGAAAAAGUAGCAUUGAAAAAGGUACGACUGGAAAACGAAAGAGGAGGAUUUCCCAUUACUGCGAUUAGAGAAAUUAAAAUACUGCAGAAUUUAAAACAUAAGAAUAUAAUCAAUUUGCGGGAAAUAGUUACCGAUAAGAAGGAUGUUUUAGACUUUAAAAAGGACAGGGGUUCGUUUUACUUGGUUUUCGAAUACAUGGAUCAUGAUCUUAUGGGCUUGUUAGAAUCAAACUUGGUCACUUUCACUGAUUUACAUAAAGCCAGUAUCAUGAAACAGUUGCUCAUUGGACUUAGUUACUGUCAUGAGAAAAAUUUCCUCCAUCGUGACAUUAAAUGCAGCAAUAUCCUUAUGAAUAACAAGGGUCAAGUAAAAAUAGCUGAUUUUGGUUUAUCGAGAUUUUAUUGGCCUGGCGAAGAUCGUCCUUACACGAACAGUGUUAUUACCUUAUGGUACAGACCACCAGAGCUUUUACUUGGUGAAAUCAUUUACGGUCCUGCGAUUGAUAUAUGGUCCUGUGGAUGUAUUUUAGCGGAAUUAUUUCUGAAAAAACCAAUCUUUCAGCCAAGAGACCAGGAAUUUAAUCGAGCUACUUGCGAACUUACGCAACUGGAAACGAUUUAUAAGUUAUGCGGUACCCCGAAUACUUCGAUAUGGCCAUCUGUGGUGAAUUUGCCCUUUUGGAGUUCGUUGAAGCAUAAAAAGUACUACCGUCGUCGUCUGCGGGAAGAACUCAGUUUCCUGCCUCGGCCUGCUCUAGAUCUUUUGGAUAAAAUGUUGACUUUGAAUCCAAGUAAAAGAAUCAGUACUUCGGAUGCUCUUAAAUCGGAAUGGUUGUCCAAUAUUAAUCCUGAUCAAAUCGAAAUCGCUUCUCUUCCAACUUGGCAAGAUUGUCACGAAUUAUGGAGUAAAAGAAAUAAACGGCAAAUGAAAGAAAAAGCCAUGAUGAAAAAUGAAACUAUCGAUGCCAAACGAAGAAAAGUGACGAGGGAAGAAAAUACGAGCCUUAAAUUGCCUAAAUUCGAAGCUAAAGCCCCUCCACCUCCACCCCCGGAUGAAAGAUAUUCCCCCGAAGAUGAAAUUGCCAGUUUGGAUUCUACUCCUUUGAAGGAUAUGCCUAGUCCAAUGCAAGAUGAAACGGAUAUUUACAAAUAUAUCGAUAAGAUUGCCUAUCUAAUUUUAAACAAUUUACCUCUAAGAUUGAAACAUUUAGUCAAGUUACGACGAUUGGAAGAAACUGAUCCGCAAGCGAAUAAUUUAAUAAACGCGUUGUGCUACGAAUUGAAAACAGCAGCUGCCGCUUCAGUAAAUAAACUUAAUAGCAGUCGUAAUCAGAACGAUGAUAGUAAUAACAAUAGCGUCGGCCGCGAGUCAAAAGUUAAUAACGAUUAUAAUAUCGGCGAUUAUAAAACAUUUAGAAGAGAUAUGUCAAAAUAUGACUUGAAACAAGCGGUAUUUUCGCAAGGAUUGGAUUUAUCAGAGAAUGCCAACAGUUCUCGUAUUGAAGAAAUCGAAAGUAGAUCUGACAGUGUUAGUAAUAAAAUGGGUGUAAUGAUUGGUAAUGUUCCGAGAGAUGAAGCCGAUAGACCUUACAUUUAUAAACCCCGAAAUCUCGCCACUACUGUAGUGUGCACAACGUUAGCUGCGUUGUUGAAAUAUUAUAAUUUCAUCGCCGCUUCUAUCGUUAUUAUGAGAGCUGCUGAUAAAAUGAAAAAAUAGUUCCAUGUGUUCUUGAACGACUUAUCUCUUCCAUUGAUUGGACUCCGGAAUUCAUUUGGCUGUAAAAUAACGUAUGUAGGUAAAUUGUAAAUAGUUUUUACUUUUAUUAUUAUUAUUCUUUUUUUUUUCAUUUUGUUGACCAUUAUUUUUUUAAACAUGUUUAUUUAUUGUAAACUGAUCACUAGAUCUAUUAUACCAAAUUAAGCUAGUCCAAUUUCGUUACUGCAGUUGUUUUUAUAAAACUCAAUAUUUUUGGAAUUAAAUUUUAUUCUUCCUGCGGAACGAAUAUUUAUACGUUUGAAAUUUUGUUUACAAAACGUCUUUAGUUACCAGGAUUUCAUAUAUUUUUCAACUUUGACAGUUUCUCGUAUCGAUUAAAUUCUCAAUGGAAAAAUUUAUUCGCCAUAUUCGUCUUUUUUAAGGAACGUAAGUUUAAAUAAAAGUUUAAUCUACGCUUCUGUGUAUAGUAUUCUCCUUUUCUGGUGUUAUUUUUUUUAUAAUAUUUAUUUUCCCCCAUUCUGACGUAACGUAUCGCAACAUUGUUGGAUUUUAUAAUCUUUUCAAAUCUUUUUAAUUGCCGUGUUUCAUUAACAAUUUUAAAAUGGAAUGAUGUAUGAUUGAAUACCUAUCUUGAUCAAAUUUAUCCAUUAAAAUGGUAAUAACAUUACGGAAUUGAAUUCUAGAUUUUUCAAACUUUCAGUUAUAUAUUUUCAUGUAAUUAAAAGUUAUGAAAGUUUAUCAUCUAAUGAAUAAUGUAAUAUUUUUUUAAUGUUUAUGACGAAGAAUUAUAAGAUUUUAAUAUGCCAUAAUUUCAUUUUGAAUCAAUACCAUUUUUUCCAGUACUUAUGUAUUUGUUACCUAUUGGAUUUAUGAGCCAUUUUUUACAUUCCUUUUUGUUUAUAAUGGUUGUUUAAUGUAUAAUUCUUAUUUCUCUCUUUCUUAAAAAAAAAUUAUCGUUAUAACUAAUACAGUAUUGAUUAACGUGUAUUAUUCAUCUGCCCUAUGAAUGAUGGUCAUGGUGAAAAUUAUUGAGAGCUUCACCAUUUGAAAAUCGUGUUAAAAAACGGAUAAAAAAUGAAACAUAUCUAUCUCUGUAAUGAAAAUAGCUUUUCAUUUUCUCUGUAUAAUCUUUGACAACUCUGAAUAAAAACUUAUACGAGAGUU